CGUUUUCUUCAUCUAACAUUAAUGCACAAAGAGUAAAAGGCGAUAAAAGAAAACAACGUUGUGUGACCGGAAUAUUAACAAAAUAUUUAUUAAACUGUAUUUAUAACUCAGAAAAAUAUACUGAAAAUGGCGAACAAAAAGGGAAACAAUGGUGGACGCACACAGCAGCAAAUAAAUGAUUCCAAAGAUUAUAGCACAUUCAAAGUUGUAUUCUUCUAUUGCUCCCUAAUAGUGUUCCUGCCGGUCGCGACAUUUUUCCUACUUAAAUCCACUGUAUUGGAACGAUUCUUUACCAUGUCCGAGGUAACGACCAACAUAUAUUCAGCGGUAGGUGCUGUUGUCGCCUUACACUUGGCUCUCGGUCUAUACAUAUACCGUGCAUACUUUGGUGGCGCGCUCCAAGCGUCGGAUACAUAUAAAAAAGUUGAUUGAAUGUUAUGCAUUCAAAGAGUAUUUAAAAGUGAUCGAUCAAUGAGGUGGUAUGCUGUAAGCUGGCCAUUAACGGCAGCAGUGAUGAACAUAUGACUUCAUUUUGUGUAUUACAUACAAUUCAUGUUGCUUGAAUGGUGAAUUCACAAAUAGACAUUUUUAUAACAAAAUAUGCAGAUUUUCUGUAUUAGUCAAGCUUGUUUCUAUGCUUUAAAUUGUGUUUAAAUUAUAAGUUUUAAGCAUCAUUUUGUAAAAAAUGUUUUAUGCAUAGACAUAAAUGUAAUAAAGUAUUUGUAAAUAACUACAUAAAGUCGUAUAAUUUUUUUUAAGCAUAUAAAGCUUAUAUAUUUACACUAUCGCCUGUUUAUAUAUUUGCGCUUGCAGUAUUUAAUUCAUUAAAUUUUUUAUAUUUCAACUCAAACUUUCAAUUUUCUUUUUAUAAACACACAUACAAACAUACAAUCAUAUACAAAAUGUGUACAAACUUCAUGUUUUGUCAACAACGUUGUUUGCGUAAUCUGACAUUUUGCUUGUGAUAUAAAUACACGUUUCCUUCCGUACGUUAAGUGAGAAAUGUAAAUAGUGUAAAUAUAAAGAACAAUGAAUUAAAACUGUUAUUUUAUAUACAUAGAGUUGAAA